AGUUAUAUCAGUGGAUCAGUUGAGUGAACAUUAAAUCUGCAGAAGCCGAAAAACGAAAUUUCAAACUAAGUGCAAGUGAAAAUCAGUUUGUGUACACAGAUAACUCAAUAAAAAAACACUUUUUUAAAGAAAAAUGACAAAGUGCUUGACUAUUAUCGCCGUUUUUGUCGUUCAAUUAACGGGCUACGUUUUCGGGAGCUAUUAUGCCAAUAACUAUCCGUAUAUUGGUAUCGAGUCGACAAAUGCCGGAGGUAUCGGUUCGCAGGAUAUACGCGGUGCGGCCGAUUCAAAUGUUUAUGUAAAAAAUCUGGCACACGAUCAUGGUAAUAAUUUGUAUUCCGGUCAGGAAGGCGCUAAGUUUUUCAAUAAAGAAAACCUAGCGAAGGGGCAUGAUGUAGCGCACCAAAAGAACGGGGCAACAGUUGAUGAUCAUCGACAUGUUGUUGGGCAAAAUGUUGAAACGGAUAAGAGCCACAAUAGAAAGCACAUCAAAUCAGGUUUUCAUAAUACUUACUCGAAAGACGAAAGUGGAAGCAACAGUUCAUACUAUGAAGACUCCGAUGACCGUGGUGGGCAGGUCAAAUAUGACAAAUUGCAUGGAACCAAAGGCGAUGUUCACGAUGCCAAAUACCAUGAACAAUUACGUGAUGGAAGUAUGAGAGACAAAUACGAUGAUCGAUUCGGAGGAUAUAGCACUCGUGGUGGACAGGAUAGACAUCAUUUGGUGGAACAGGAUCAAGGUAAUCGGCAAGGAUAUCGCGAUCAUUUCAAUAGAGGACAUGGCGAACGUUAUGAGGUAGUCAACGAAAGACCCCAUGGAACGAAUGGAUAUUAUCAUGGUGGGGCACUUAAUUUUCAACGACCCGUCGACUAUCCACAUCCAUUGGAGUAUGGGGGCUAUCCAUCAAAUGUCCAUUCACCUCGUUUAUCCAACAAUUCACCCAUACCAUUGCCUUUACCACUUAAUAGAGGCCAAGAUGAUGGUUAUUUUUCGCGUCACAGAAUUACGAUUUAUGACGACCCCAGGGAAUUGAUAGAUCCACGCCGUAUAGCCGAAAGACGGGGGUCGUUUGGUAACAAUAAUUUCGCCAGUGAUGGUAUUUAUCACUCCCCAAGAUUAGAAAUUCGUUCAAGUCCGUUGCGGGUUAGGGAUUACUAUGACGAAAGAGAUAAUUUAAGAUAUUGAGAUUAAAUGGAGAGAAUGAGAGAGUGUCGGGGUGUAUGUGUAUAGUGUGGCGUAUAGUAUACGGGUUUUUGUGUUCGGUUGGAUAUUGUACAUGGGAUAGUUUUUACCCAAACCAACAGUUCCACACUUUGUACAACACACUCAUUUCACUCAUGCUCCAGCCUCUCUAUCGCACAAUAUAUCCAUUUAUAUACAUACGUUUCCGUAUGCACCACAUAAUGAACUUAAAAUAAUUGUUGUGUUAAGCAUUAUGAUGUGGGUACGGUAUAAUGGAAUGGAGUAUUAGAAUAAGGAGUUGAAUUAACUUACAUACAAAUAUAAAUGUUGCUAAUAGUAAUUUAUUAUACUUUCCUUUAAUUAUAAUGUAAAUUUUUGGGUCUAAUAAAGCAUAGCCAUUACAUCCA